UCUGGUAAGGCAGACUGUUUUAUUUAUGUUUUUAUAUUGGUAGCUUUUUGUUUUAGGUGUAAACUCUUUCUAUGCAUGUAGUUGUUUGAGCAGUAUGUUUGUCUUGCUUUGUAGGUUUAUUUUGAGUAAGCGGCAGAUGCUUGAAUUGACCGCUGUUCCUUCCUUGCGUUUUGUUUGUUUGUAUGCUGCAAAUUAGCUAGCCAGCUACCGCGAGUGAGCGUGUUUCUGCUCAGAUCAUAUGGCCUUAGUUUGAUAAGUAGUGCGCGGAGCUGGUUAGCUAGCUUGAGCAUUCCUUUUUUGUUCAUCUGUUUGUUGUUUUAACGUCAAACCCGAUCUCCCCGCUCUCCUUUGGUCAGCUAACCCAGCUGUGCUUGAGCUUGUCUUCGUGUCUUUGCUUGACAUUAAUUUGAGGGGCUUGCUUGUCUGCAUGCGGUUGGUUUGCAUUACGCUCCGCCUGGGUUGCGGUACCCAACUAAUGCGUUUGGUGUGGUUUUAACUAUUUUCUCCUACUUUGCUCUGUGGAGUGCACUGUGAUUUUUGAUGCCAAUUGCAGUGUGCCUUAUUGAAGUGUGAUUCACAGAUAUGGGUGGUUCUUAGACUACAAGCACUUUCAUGUCCUUUGGUCAUAUUUUUAAAAAUACAUAUAAUUUUGUACAAUUCCCUCUCUCUUUGUUAAAUUAACAAUAAAACCAUCUUUGAAACUUUUUACCAUGUGUCCAUUAUGAUUUUUUCUUACUUUUCAACAGCCUUAUAGGCUUCAAUAUCACUGUUUUGCCCUUGUCCCACACCCAGACUUUUAAAAUUCAACAAUGAAAAUAAAGUGUAAAAACAUAAUUUAUAUGAAAACAUUUAAUGUUCCUGAACAAAGUAAUACUCAAAUAAUCAAAAAACAUUUUAGUAUUUAAUGUGAGACAGUUGCCAAUAUUAUUUUUUACACAAUAUAUAGUUGUCCCACAGUAUCACCAUCAUUUCCACCACAGCAGUGUAAUUUCCCUUUAAAAAGUCUGUAUGAGAGAUUUUUUAGGUGGUUGCUAAGGAAGUAGACAGUGGCAAUGGAGCACAUGUCUGAUAUGGAGGAGAUGUACAUUUCCAUGUACAGCUAUUGAAGAAAAAUAAAGAUGCCACGUAAAACAAUAGCUGAAAGGUCUCAGGCCUAUAGGGACAAAAUAAAAGCUGAUCCAGUGAAAUAUCAAGAGCGGCUAAAAAGAGACAGGGAGAGAUACCUGAGGAAAAAAGAAAGAGAGGUAGUGAAGGCAAUAUCAGAUGUGCCAAAGCGAGAACAAAGAAAAAAAAGGAGACAGUGGAGAAUUAACCAAAAAAAUAGAUGUGAGAAAAUCAAAAAAGCACUUUCGAUGCAGGUCUACCUUUCUACCACCACACCACCACACUCUCCAGAUGCCUUGCAGCCAGAACAGGUUGUUGACUUAACUGCCACGCCACCUUCUGCCCGACCACAAACAGAAAAACAGAGGGGAAGGAAAAGGGUUUUAAGAAACCGUUCAAAAGUAUAUAUGUCUCUGUAUCAAAGCAAUGUCAAGCUUGAAAGUGCUUUGCGGAAGGUGCAGAAGUACCGUAAACGAUAUGAUCGGUUGGUAAAAGAACUUAAAAAGGCUGACUCCCCAAAUACUAAAUCAAAACGCCAAAUGGCAACAACACAAAACACUCUAAGAAGAACCUUAGUGUUCCAUAAUGUACUGAUUGCAGAGCUGAGAGAAAGAUAUCAAACUCUACAGUCAGAAAGAGACUAACAACUGAUUUCAAAGAUAAUAGCAGGAAAAAUCCUUAAAAAGUAUCGACUACUCAAAAUGGCACAAACAGAAUUUGGAUUUUCACUGGGAAGAAUGAGAAAUAAUGAAAAAAGAUCAACAGAACUUCAGUACACUAGGAAGAAGCAAAAGAACAGUAUCAGCACAGCCACAGAUUAAAAAAUCAAACAAUUCUUAGAACGAGAUGAGAACAGCACAGCAACUACUGGAAAAAAGGAGACUGUAACAAAAACCAAGAUGAAAAGGCAAAAACGAUUCCUAAAUGAGCCCCUGGACAAACUUAAUGAGAAGUUUAGGAAGGAGUAUCCUGAGAUUAGGAUUUCAUACAGUGAAUUCUGCAAGAGACGUCCUUUUUGGAUUGUGAAGCCCACAGUUAAGGACAGAGACACAUGCCUCUGCAAGACACAUGCCAAUCUCCAGUUUAUGGCAGACAAGCUGCUAUAUCACAAAGUUAUCAAGAGCAGCAAAAUUGAAGAUUUGAUUGUCUCUUUGUGUUGUGAUAACUACACCAAAGAAUGUAUGUACAGGGAAUGUCCCGUUUGUGUAGCUAAAGAGCUGGAAACCUCAACCUUUGACCCAGGUGCCCAAACAUCUUGGUAUGAAUGGAAGGGAAAAGCUGAAGAGAGAGAGAAGAACAAGAAGGAUGGUACAAAAGAAAAAUUCAUAGCCCACUUGACAGUUAAGGAGAAGAUUGAUGGUACUCUCCAUACCUUGCUGGAAGACUUUUCAACAGAACUAAAAGAAAGGCUGGGGAAGCAUGUCUACAACAUCAGACACCAGUACGCUGCUCUUCGUGGUCUUAAAGAAAAUGUCAGUGAAGAUGAGAUUGUCCUGCAUAUUGACUUUGCAGAGAACUUUCUCUGCAAAUACAGCAGUGAAAUCCAAGCGGUUCAUUUUGGGGAUUCACACCAACAGGCCUCGCUUCACGCUGGUGUGGCCUAUACCAAAAAGGGUGUCAUUUCAGUCUGCUCUAUCAGCUCCUCUUUUCGCCAUGACCCCUCAGCUAUUUGGGCUCAUCUAUCAAAGGUUCUCACUUACCUGAAGGAUCAACAUCCCACUGCUUCAGUACUGCACGUUGUCAGUGAUGGGCCGACGACACAGUACCGAUCCAAAAAAAAUUUCUACCUCUUAACCAACAUGCCAUAUCAAAUGGGCUGGAAGAAAGUGACUUGGAACUUUCUGGAGGCUGGCCAUGGAAAAGGCCCUGCUGAUGGGAUAGGGGCAGUGGUAAAAAGAAGAGCUGAUGACCUGAUAGCUAGAGGGAAGGACAUACCAAAUGCUCGAGUGCUCUUUGAGGAGCUUCAGCAGCAAAAGUCCACCAUAGAGCUUUUCUAUGUUGGGCCAGAUGACAUUGAGGCACUGGAUGUUCAUGUGCCAUCUCAGCUGCAGACCAUUAUUUUGCAUUGUAAAAGCAGUUUUGUCUCACGACAGUUCAACAAAAAUGUUUCAAAUAAAUGUUUCUACUGUUUUCAAUUGAAUAUUUUCUACAUCCGUGUUCAUUAAUUGUCAUUUCCGCAACACAAUGUCAUUUCCACAGCACCCUGUCAUUUCCAUCACCGCACACAUUUUUGGAAAAUAUUCAAAAAGUUACAACCAUACAUUAAACAUUUCUCCACAAUUUUGGAGAUCAUACUCUACUUAAUGCAAUAAUAACAUCUAUUUAUUUCAAAACAGUAUCUACCCAAGCCAACAUUAUAUUUCAGAUUGUGGUGGAUGUACGUUAAGC